GUGACACAGGAGGUGGGCGAGAGCAGAAGUUUGCAAAACAAGAUCUCGAAAGUUAUUUGCCAGGAUACACUAUUGUUUAGGAAAAAAACAAUCAAAAUACUAUUAAACAUUCUUCAACGCGUUAGUAGUUUUAUGUAUUUAUUUUUUUAAUCUAUCUACAAGAUAUUAGUGUCCGAAUAAGACCGGCAGUGUUGCGGAGGACUCUGGGAGUUGUAGUUCGUGUGUUUUGGGUUGUGAUUAGAGUUUUUUUUUCUGGGCACAUGGCUGCUUAAACGCUGGGCGCGGCCAAUGAACAUGUCGACCGUUGCCACUCGAAACAGCAGCUUGCAGCGCAGGCCCGGCGGGGUCCCCAGCAGCCAGAGGAAGCCCUACAAGUGCUCCAAGUGCGAGCGUGCCUUCAAUACCCUUGCCAAGCUGGAGCGGCACGGCCGGAGAGCCCACGCAGAGGCGCGUAGGCACAGCUGCUCGGGCUGCCAGCAGAGCUUCUCGGACCCGGUCGAGCUCGCCACACACCUGCGUCAUGCCCACGGGAUCCACAGACCACACAAGUGCCCGCUGUGCGCCAGGACCUUCGCCCUGCUCUCCAGCCUGCGGGUGCACAAGAGAACCCACGUGGGCGGGCAGAGCUUCCUCCCGAGCUCCAGCCUCCAGCAGCAGCAGCAGAGUAAGAUCCCCAGAGUUAGGGAUUACAAGUGCCUCACCUGCGGUAAGGACUUCUCCAAGCCCUACCACCUCCGGAGGCACCAGGAGGUGCAUCUGACCGCCUUGAGCCACAAGUGUCCAGACUGUGGGAAGUGCUUCAGGGCCAACACUCACCUGUACCUCCACCGGCUCGUGCACGGCCCUAAGCACAAGUGUGACCGGUGCAACAAGUUCUUUGUCCACGAGGCGGGGCUUGAGGGUCACCUGCAGAGGUUUCACAGCCAGUCAGGGGGUGAGGAGGAGGAAGGAGGAGGAGAAAGAGAACAAGCACCACCACCAUCACCAGAGCCCCUUCACCGAUGCAGCCAGUGCACGAAGCGCUUCCGAUCGGCCGCCCGGCUCGCGGUGCAUCGCCGCCGCUUCCACGCCCGCCAAGAGGAGGAGGAGAAGGAGGCAACUCCAGAGAGCAAGACGUUCGCCUGCACGCUCUGCGACAGGGUCUUCAGGCACUCCUCCACCCUCUCGCACCACAAGAGUAGGCACCUCCGCCAGGAGCUGCGCUGCAGCGUGUGCACCCAUGACCUUGCCAACGGCGGGUCCCUGCAGCUCCGAGUCCGCCUGCACCACACCGGCGGGAAGAGGCCUUACCACUGCCUGGUCUGCACCAGGACCUUCUGCGCCAUGCUGACCUUCCUGAGGCACUGCGAGAAGCAUCAGCAGCAGGACAAGGAAGGGCAAGGAGCCGGGAGCGCCGAGUAGCUCGUCCUGCCUGCUGUGAGUGAAAACAGGGCUGGCGGUGUUGCAUUGCCUUGGGCUUUUUGACCUGUUGUGAUCGUAGUGUAUAUUUCUACAGUAUGGAAGAUAAACUUACAGGAAGCUGAAAAAAUUGAGAAACUUUUACUAAGAGUUUAACCAAAGUCUACCAACAGAAACCAAGGAGAACAUUUUUUUUUUUUUAAUACUUUACUGGUCUUAGACUCACUUUUUAAAUUCUGUAUGGACAAAUGGAGGAUUCUAUUUUGUUUAUUUGAUCAUUUGUACAUAAAAAACACUUUUGUUUGGGCAUAACUACUUAAACAACAUUGCCUACCAAAGCAAACCAGAACACAAACAAAAAAAAGCAGAUUUGUGCAUUUGAAAAUAACCCUCUUAGUAUACACUGAAGAAGGGCCAUAGCGUGCACGGCUGUGCGACCACAGAACUACGCCUAGAGACGUUUAGCAGAGCCAUUACUGUGCCGUGUGUUAAUCUUGCUUUUCCACUGUUAACCCAGUACUACACUGUGCUGUAGAUUUAAUGUGUAUGUCUGUGUUCAGUGCACUGAAAGGGGACCAGUCUUUGUGUUGAAGCAUUGCACCAGCAAUCACUGGGGUCUGUAUUAAAUCCAAGUUUAUGGCGCUGCUAUACUUUAUAAUAGCUAUGGCACUGCCAUAAUUUUGAUUGAAUCCAGGCCCCAGUAUUAAUAACACAAAAGUAGUAUACAGCAAUGUAAACAUCAGUGACAGCUACUCACAAUGACACACGCUGUUCCAUUUAAUUGAGUUGUUUUUUAAUUGUGAUUUUUAAAUGCUGAGAAAGUUUACAAAUCAGUACUUUUAAAAACCACCCAAGACCUCGUACAAUUACAGAAACACUUUCCCACUCUAGAACACCUCAGAAAGACUGUAGCAGAAUAGGAUCUCCUGUACAACAAGGCAGUUUUAGUAUUACGUCUUUUAAAAUGCUAGGACACACUUUUCUAUUGUUAACUGUAGCAUGGCAAAAAAGUUUGUCAUGGACCUGCAUAAUAUUGAUAUUUCAAUAUUUUUAAAAAUCGUUUGGUAUCAAUUUUGAAUCCUCUGAUCAGACACAUUUGCAAAGAAAUGUGAACGGUUUCCAGAGUGCAUGAACGACAUCACUGGCAGACAGCCUGACCGGACAAGUGGAGGCACCUUGAACUGUGGCUGUGGCCAAAAGCUCAUCUACAGAUAGAUGUGUGUGUGAACAUUAUUUAGAUAUUUUAUUUAACAUCAUGUAAUCAAAGAAACUACAAAUUAUAUCACAAAAGUCUACCGGAAG